AUGUUUGUGAAGAACGAGCUGAAGAAGAUCCAGAAGCUUCUGAGUCCAGAUCACCCAGAAACUUUAAAGAGCCAGAUGGAGGAUGAGGAGAUGUUUGAAGGUGAGGAUGAAGAUGAAAGAAAGAGCUGCAGAGAAGCAUUUCUGAAGAUCACACUCCACUUCUUGAGGAGACUUAAGCAGCAUGAGAUGGCUGACCAUCUGCAGAGCAAAAUAUUUGCUCCACUCUAUAAACGUGAACUUAAAGCCCAACUGAAGAAGAAGUUCCAGUGUGUGUUUGAGGGCAUAGCUAAAGCAGGAAGCCCAACCCUUCUGAAUCAGAUCUACACAGAGCUCCACAUCACAGAGGGAGGGACUGCAGAGGGAGUGGCUGGCAUUGGGAAAACAGUCUUAACACAGAAAUACAGCCUGGACUGGGCUGAAGACAAAGCCAACCAGGACAUCCAGUUCAUAUUUCCAUUCACUUUCAGAGAGCUGAAUAUGCUGAAAGAGGAAAAGUUCAGCUUGGUGGGACUUGUUCAUCACUUCUUUAAUCAAACUAACCAAUCAGGAAUCUGCAGGCUUGAAGACUUCCAGGUUGUGUUCAUACUUGAUGGUCUGGAUGAGUGUCGACUUAAUUUGGACUUCAACAAAACUAAAAUCCUGACUGAAACCAGAAAGUCCACCUCAUUGGAUAAGCUGCUGACAAACCUCAUCAGAGGGAGCCUGCUCCCUUCUGCUCGCCUCUGGAUAACCACACGACCUGCAGCAGCCAAUCAGAUCCCUCCUCAGUGUGUCGACAUGGUGACAGAGGUCAGAGGGUUCACUGAUCCACAGAAGGAGGAGUACUUCAGGAAGAGAUUUAGAGAUGAGGAGCAAGCCAGCAGGAUCAUCUCCCACAUCAAGAAAGCUCGAAGCCUCCACAUCAUGUGCCACAUCCCAGUCUUCUGCUGGAUCACUGCUACAGUUCUGGAGGAUGUGCUGGAAACCAGAGAGGGAGGACAGCUGCCCAAGACCCUGACUGAGAUGUACAUCCACUUCCUGGUGGUUCACGCCAAAGUGAAGAGACCAGGAAGAUGA